AUGGCCUCCAGCUCACUGCCUGGGAACCCCCCCAGCGGCCUCACAGACAGGAGCGGGAGCUUCUUUAAGCUGAUUGACACAUUUGCGUUGGAGAUUGGGGAGCUAAAGAGAGAGAUGGUGCAGACCUCUCCAACAGUUGACAAAGAGCCCAUGGAUUUACAAGGGCUGGAGAGUGAAGUGAGUGGUGUUUACCUGCAGUCCCUCCACUGUGGCGGGGCGGGGGGUGAAAGGGAUUCUGGAUACGACUCCUUGCGAAGGAGGAUGAGUGUGCUGGACAGGCUGACUCAAACCCACCCGGUGUGGCUGCUGCUGGCUGUCAGUGAAGAGGAGGCCAGUCGCAUACUAAUCAAACAGCCACCUGGAGUGUUCCUGGUCAGGAAAUCAGCCGCUCUGCAGAGAAAGAUUCUGUCUGUGCGUCUGAAGGAGGAUCAGUCAGGAACUCCCAUCAGUCACUUCCCUGUCAGAGAGAGCCAGUACACGUUUUCUCUUGAGGAAUCUGGGAUCAGCUUUGCGGAUCUGUUUCGCCUGGUGGCCUUCUACUGUAUCAGCAGGGAUGUCCUGCCUUUCACACUCAAAGUCCCAGAGGCCAUUGCAUCUGCUAAGACUCAGAAAGAACUGGAGGAGGUGUCUCAGCUUGGAGCAGGCUUCUGGGACUCUGCUCUGUGCAGUCAGCGUCGCACUUCCCCCCGUUCCUGUCGCCCUCUGAGCCGGACCCUCAGCCCCCAGCGAACUAACAGGAACAGGGAGGUUGAGGGGUCACAGCAGAGACUCACCGGGGCCCACUGCGACAGUGCGCCCCCUACCCUACGCUCCUGUGCUACUCCACCUUCCUUUCAUCUAGAGAGAAGACAUUCCAGCGGUCCUCUGUGCUUCGUCAACCCCCUGUUUCUCCAGACUCAUCGCCACCACCACCGCUGUGAGGACGAUCCACCGACAAAUGCUGUCAAGUCCGAUAACGACCUAGAGAAUGCGGAGAAAUCGUCCGUGAAGCCGUUAAGCAGCAGCCAAGGUAGCGAGCAGCACGUGAACAAGAUCAAACUGAACGGCAAAUCACGGGACCCUCCCCCCCGCCCUCCUCCCCCCCGCUCAAUGCCUCGCCGGCGCCCUGCACCACCACCUCCUGGACCUCCAGUAGCUACUACCAGGCCCAAGAGCAUGCCAGAGGCCGUUGCUGCUACAAGGCAACAACAGUCUUCCAGCAGGCGCCCAGCACCCGCACGACUACUAAUGGGUGGCAAGCCUAGCAGCCCGUCCAUAACUGCCAGCUCACCAAUCUCUGUGCCUUCAAACCCACCACCUCCAAGGCCUAAGAAGCCUGAUCUGGAAGCUCACCGUUGCCACAUUGCCCUGGAUGAUGAGACCAUCGCCAAGGCGCUGUCCCGUGCCAAGUUUCCACCAUGCCAGCCUCCACCUGCUGUCCCUGCUGAUGUACUACUGAAGAACAACGCUGGGAGUCCAUCCACUCCUAAGGAGAGGGGACACCAGCGGCUCAGUGACAUGAGCAUGUCUACUUCCUCCUCUGACUCACUGGAAUAUUCACAGUCUCCUGGAUUCUCCCUGGGCCUAGCCCCUAGCCCAUCUCGUCACCUUAAUCAUCAAGACCCAGUGGAGGACAGCAGUGACGACGAUGAGGAUGGGGAUGAAGACGAGGACGAAGACUAUGGGGUCAGUUUGGAGACAGACCUAGAAAUGCGCCACCGUCCGUCCUUCAAAGCGCGGAGGCGAAGGGUCGGCGUGAGCCUGAGCGGUGGCUCUUUUAUCCUCCCCAGGGCCUUGAAGGGACGCUUCCGCAAGGUGAGCGGCAUGCUCAGCUCCCUCAUGACCCCGGAGAGACGGGCAGUGAAGAGGAUCGCUGAGCUGUCCAGGGACAAAAGUUCAUAUUUUGGCUCCCUGGUCCAGGACUACAUCAGCUUUGUUCAGGAGAACCGAGGCUGUCACACCUCAGGGAUGGAUUUUCUUCAGACUCUCAGGCAGUUUAUGACACAGAUGAAGGCUUACCUCCGCCAGAGCUCCGAACUGGACCCCCCUAUAGAGUCACUCAUACCUGAGGACCAGAUCGACCAGGUGCUAGAGAAGGCCAUGCACAAGUGUGUCCUGAAGCCUCUGAAGAGUGUGAUCGAGGUGGCUUUACAUGACUUCCAGGUGAGCAGCGGAGGUUUACAGCAGCUGAGGGAGAACCUGGCCCUGGCCAAGACCAAGAGGCCCCAGGAGUUAGGGGUGGACGGAGCUGUGCCUCCUGACCCCCUGGCUAUUGAGAAGAUCCGCCACAAGUUCCUAAACAUGAGGAAGAUGUAUUCUCCUGAGAAAAAGGUGUCAUUGUUGCUGCGUGUGUGUAAACUCAUCUACACCAUUAUGCAGGAUAACUCAGGGAGGAUGUACGGUGCAGAUGACUUCCUGCCCAUGCUGACUUAUGUGUUGGCUCAGUGUGACAUGCCUCAGCUGGACACAGAUAUCCAGUACAUGAUGGAGCUGCUGGACCCAUCUCUGCUGCAAGGAGAAGGGGGCUACUACCUGACCAGCGCGUACGGAGCCAUGGCCCUCAUCAAGAACUUCCAGGAGGAGCAGGCAGCCCGGGUGCUGAGCUCUGAGGCCAGGAACACUCUGCACCAGUGGCACAGAAGGCGCACCACCCAGCGUUCAGCGCCGACUGUGGACGACUUUCAGAACUAUCUCCGUGUAGCCCUGCAGGAAGUGAACACAGGCUGCACGGCUAAGACCCUGAUCGUCCAACCUUACACAACCACAGAGGAGGUCUGCUCGCUCUGUGCUUACAAGUUCAAGAUCCCGGACCCUGACACCUACGCACUGUUUCUGGUCAUUGAGGAAACCAGCCAGCAGCUGGCCCCGGACACGCACCCUCAGCGGAUCAAAGCGGAGCUCCACAGUCGGCCCUGUGCACACAUCUUCCACUUUGUCUACAGGAGGGUACCUAACCUUAACCUCUGUAUCCCUGCCAUCAUGCACAAUGGAAACAGCCUUCAAGUUGAAUAGAGCGGGAGAAUGAUCCUAAACAAUAGUAUUCUGGUGGUGCUUGUAGAUGUUUGUUUAGUAGAUGGAUUUGAGGACUGAAUGGAAACCAAGCUGUAUAUAUUGAUGCAGAUAUAAAAUGUCUUUGAUCAAAUGUGAUGUCAAACAAAGGAGGUGAUUUAUAUUUAUGAGGAACCACCAAAGGGUAGGAUGGACUCUGGAAAGUGCUGGUGUUUCACUCAAACGCCUCAAGACUGUGGCUCAGAUUUGGGUCAAAAGGCUAAGUAUGAUAAGUUGGUAAGCUGAGCGGAAAUUGUCACAUCGUGUAUAGAGGCUGGUUUGCAGGAUUUUCAGUAUGUAAAGUAUUAGAGUAUGGAGGUGGAAAGUUAUUCAGAUUGUUGGACAUACAGUAUGUGCCAUCCCUAAAGCGACGGUCAUACAGUUUAAUACUGCAUUUUAUGUAACUAAUGUUCGCCUUAACUGCUGUUAUCCAAGGUGCCUUCAAAAGGAAUGGAACAUACUGUACGCUACUGAAGGCUUUCAGCUUUCAACGCUUUGACCCAGAUAAAUAAAUCAUGCAAAAAAAAAGAUUUAUUAAGUAAAAUUAACUAUUUUUAAAGUUAUGAUUGUUUUUUGUAUGGCUCUUAUGUUUAUUGUUUGCAAUUGCUGGUCAAUUGUAGCUUGUAUGCUUUUGUAGAAAUAUUUUUAUAUUCAAAUGUUUCAUUUUUCAUCACUAAAGAUUUGUAUUCUGAUUUCAUAUUUCUGUACUGGACUCAAUAGUGGACUUGGAUUUAUGCCAGUUAUUUCUCAAAAGUCAAUUUCAAACAACACUGUUUUUAUCAUUUGUGAUGGAAAGUUCAAAGCUGACUGUGGAAAUAUAUAAAAUCCUCUCCAAACGAAGCUACUUGCUGACUCAAACUAAAUGCUAUUUUUCAGGGAGCAGGGUUUACUGGCUCUUGUCAUUCACAUACAACGGCCUGUAAAAUGCACCACAAGUCACAGACAUUUUAUUCCACAAACGCAUACAAUAGAAAUUAAACAAAUUUAGAAUGAUUUGCAGAACCUUCUACAGGAGUCUAAACAUAAGGCAGGGCAAUAUUUUGUAGAGCAUUUUUGUGGUUUGAUGUAUAAAGUCAAAUGAACUAUU